CAAUUAUAUGCUUUCAUUUGUACGCUGGUCACCAUCCAUUUAGUCAGCGCCGAAGAGGAGCUCCGUCGGGGUCGGCGACUUCAUCUCGUCCAUUCCGCUACGCACCACCACGCCCCUUGCCAUCUACUCCGGCGACAUGCCGGUCGCCAGUGAAACAGGUGGACAUCAUCUUCCAUCUUCCUUUCAAUCCGUCGCUGGAACCUCCGUGCCCGGGUUCUUCGCGGUCUCAGCGGCAUUGCGAACUCCGUGCACCCCUCCGACAGUAGCCUCACUGACUUCCCCUGUCUUGCCCUUCUGGCUCUUCUUCCCCAGAUUCCACGCCUCUGUGAACUCUUCGCGGAGCUCCUUAGCUAGUUGCCGGAACCUCGGAGUGACCGGAUCGUUUGCACGGCGUCCCUCGAUCUCGUCGCAGAUGGCCAUGGCCUCGUCUAGACGAACGAAGCUCUCGGAGAUCUUCACUACCCCAGAUAGAAGUAAGAGCGUCUUGAUGCAGGCGUAGUUUGGAAGAGAGGCCUGAUGAAGGACUUCGAGGCAUUGCUCUUUGCAGGAGGCAUGAUCGCCUUGACGGUACGCCUCACGAGCCUGCAAGGAAGUCAGAUCUCGUUACAACAGCGAGCGCGUCCACCACUUUCGCUAUACGAGCUGCUGCGCCGUCUUCCGACAAAUUGUUCGAUGCCUGCAUCAAGUCCGACUUCUUGGGCUUGUUGGCCGAUGGUC